AUGUCCAAUAACUCCCUAGCCAUCAAAGCCAAGAAAGUACAGAAAGCAAUUCAGAAAAAACUAUUAAACAUAAUUGAAGGUGGUUUUCAUAAAUUGUAUAUCUUAAAGAUAAAAAAUGGUAAUAAAUAUAUUGGGAAAGUAGCAUUUCCUGUAUAUUCACAAUGGAAGACAGAAAGUGAGGUAGCUGUUAUAGAGUAUAUUCAUUUAAAUUUGAACAUUCCUGUUCCCAAAGUUUAUUAUUGGAAUAGUUCUGUUAAUAAUCCAGUGAUUGAAAGUGACUUUUUUACUGAUGAACAAGCAACUUUAUCAACUAUAGAAAGAGGUUCUUUCAACACAACUAAUGAAUAUAUUUUAGCUGUUAUUCGAAAUCAGAUCCUAUAUAAUUAUACCUUUAAAUCUAAAAAGCAACAAAAAUACUGGAUUCCAAAAUAUGAAGAAUUAUAUAAUUUAGUUCCUAAAUAUUUUUCAGAUAAAAACAAAAUCACAUUUGUGUUGAUGCAUAGAGACUUUCACUCAUCAAAUAUUUUAGUCAAUGAUUACAAAAUUACAGGAGUUAUCGAUUAG